AUGUCUGAUUUAGAAGAUGAUUUGUUAGCAUUGGCUGGAGGUGAAGAUAACACCUAUGCAUCUGAUUCCGAAGAAGAAAUCCCAUUAUCUAAAAGAAAACAAACAACUACUGGAUCUGAAGAAGAUGAUGAUGCUGUAUUAUCAAAACGUCGUAAAGUAGAUUAUCUGGAACAAGAAGAGGAGUACGAAGAAGAAGAGGAAGAAGAAUUGAUUAAUCCUUAUCCUUUAGAAGGUAAAUAUAAAGAUGAAGACGAUCGAAUGGAAUUGGAAGAAAUGGAAGAAGUUGAAAGAGAACAAAUAUUGUUUGAUAGAGAACAAGAGAUGGAUAAAUUUAGAGAAAAGAAAUAUUUACAAGAAAGAAUGAAGAAACAAAAACAAGCUAAUAAAUAUCGUUCUGUUGAAGAACCUACUAGAGUUUCAGGAAGAGUUAAAACAGGGAUCAAAUCAGAAAAGAAGGAUAAAUUGAAUGAAUUGAGAAAACAAAGAGAACAACAUUCAAGAAAGAAGAGUAGAAGGAAUCUUGAUUAUGAUGAAUAUUCCGAAGAGGAGGAUGAUGAUGAUGAGGAAGAAGAAGAAAUUGAAGAAGUAUCAGAUGAAGAAUUUGAUGAUUAUGAAGAAAGUGUACAAUGGGGAGGAGUAUCUAAAGUUAAGAAACCAAAACAAAAGAAAUCUACAGAAUUGGCUAAACUUGCGGAUAUAAAUAAGAUAACAUUUGGAUGGAGAACAUUUCAACAAUAUUGUUUUAAUCCUGGAUUUGAAGAUGCAAUUGUGGAUACAUUUGGAAGAAUUAAUAUUGGACCAGAUAAGGUGACAAGAAAAGAUUCAUAUAGAAUGGUUAAAAUAAUUGGAGUUAAAUUAAAGAAAGAUCGAACAUAUAAAUUGGGUAGAACAAGAUUAGAUAUAUAUUUAACAGUGAGUCAAAAUCGAACCCAAACCAAAGAUUUCCCAAUUAGUUUUUUCUCCAAUUCCCCAAUAACUGAAGAAGAAUUUGAAAGAUAUAUUCGAGAAUUGACUAAAACCGAUGAAGUGAUUGAUUUAUUAGAUGAUGUGAAUAGUAAAUUUGAAGAGGUUGAUGCAUUUUUCAAAAAAGGUUUAAGUGAUCAAGAUAUUAAUGCCAUGAUUGAAAGAAAGAAACAAUUGAAUGCAGAUAAAAGUAAUAUUCGUGCAGUUGAUGCGGUUACACAAAAGACCAGAUUGAUGGAUGAAUUACAGAUAGCUAAACAACAAGGCAAUUUCAAUAAAGUUAGUAAGAUUCUUGGUGAUUUGAAAAAGAUUGAAAGUAUAUUGGAACAUGAAGCUGCAACUAAUGUGCAAAGUAAAGAAUCAAUUAUCAGUAAGGUUAAUGAAAGAAAUAGAAAAUUAAAUUCAACAAAUAUCAGAAAAGCAGAGAUUAAAAACAAGACAUUAUCAAGUCAACAGCAAAAUGAUGGAGGUGAUCCAUUCUCUAGAUUGAAAACUACCACCAAGAUGUUUUAUCAAGAUUUGAUUAAUCAAGAGAAUGAAAAAGCACUUCAGGAAGUUAAUAUGCAAGAAUUAAUUGAAGAGAAGAAUAAACAAGAAGAAGAAAUAUCUAAAUCUACAUAUAGAGAUUUAGGAGAGAUGGAGAAAUUGAUCAAAUCAAUUGAUUUUGAUAUUGAAAUAGAAUUGUAA